GAAGGGGCGUGUGAGCCAGCGCGCGCACACGCAGUUGCGUGCCGGCGACCGUUCAGACCGGAAGUGGUUGCGCCUGAGGUCACUUCCGGCGGGUGACGGUGCGGACGGGUCAGGAGCGUAGAGGCGGCGGCAAAAUGGCGGCGCCUGAGGAACGGGAUCUAACCCAGGAGCAGACAGAGAAGCUGCUGCAGUUUCAGGAUCUGACUGGCAUAGAGUCUAUGGAUCAAUGUCGCCAUACUUUGGAACAGCAUAACUGGAACAUAGAGGCUGCUGUACAAGACAGGCUGAAUGAGCAAGAGGGUGUACCGAGUGUUUUCAACCCACCUCCAUCCCGACCCCUACAGGUUAAUACUGCUGACCACAGGAUCUACAGCUAUGUUGUCUCAAGACCACAACCAAGGGGGCUGCUUGGAUGGGGUUAUUACUUGAUAAUGCUUCCAUUCCGGUUUACCUAUUAUACAAUACUUGAUAUAUUUAGGUUUGCUCUUCGUUUUAUACGGCCUGACCCUCGCAGCCGGGUCACUGACCCCGUUGGGGACAUUGUUUCAUUUAUGCACUCUUUUGAAGAGAAAUAUGGGAGGGCACACCCUGUCUUCUACCAGGGAACGUACAGCCAGGCACUUAAUGAUGCCAAGCGGGAGCUUCGCUUUCUUUUGGUUUAUCUUCAUGGAGAUGACCACCAGGACUCUGAUGAGUUCUGUCGCAAUACUCUCUGUGCACCUGAAGUUAUUUCACUAAUAAAUACGAGAAUGCUGUUCUGGGCAUGUUCUACAAACAAGCCUGAGGGAUACAGGGUCUCACAGGCUUUACGAGAGAAUACCUAUCCAUUCCUGGCCAUGAUUAUGUUGAAGGAUCGGAGAAUGACUGUGGUGGGACGGUUAGAGGGCCUUAUUCAACCCGAUGACCUCAUUAACCAGCUAACAUUUAUUAUGGAUGCAAACCAGACAUACCUGGUGUCAGAACGCUUAGAAAGGGAAGAAAGGAACCAGACCCAGGUGCUGAGACAACAGCAGGAUGAGGCCUAUUUGGCCUCUCUCAGGGCUGACCAGGAGAAAGAAAGGAAGAAAAGGGAGGAACGGGAGCGGAAGCGGCGGAAGGAGGAGGAGGUGCAACAGCAGAAGCUGGCAGAAGAGAGAAGGCGACAGAACUUACAGGAGGAAAAGGAAAGGAAGUUGGAGUGCCUGCCUCCUGAGCCUUCCCCAGAUGACCCUGAAAGUGUCAAGAUAAUUUUCAAAUUACCCAAUGAUUCUCGAGUAGAGAGACGAUUCCACUUUUCACAGUCUCUAACAGUAAUCCACGACUUCUUAUUCUCCUUGAAGGAAAGCCCCGAAAAGUUUCAGAUUGAAGCCAAUUUUCCCAGGCGGGUACUGCCCUGUGUUCCUUCAGAGGAAUGGCCCACCCCUCCUACACUGCAGGAGGCGGGACUCAGCCAUACAGAAGUUCUCUUUGUUCAGGACCUAACAGACGAAUGACACUUUUUCUUCCUCUCCCCCUCCUACCCUAAUCCCUAAAAGAAAUGGAGAAAAAAAAAGAGAAAUUCAUAUUAUUAUUAUUAUAAUACAAUAUUUUUUUUAAAAGACUGCUGCAUCCUAAGGAAGGAUCAGAAACCAUGCUGCCUGCAAGAGUCACAACCUGUGUGUGUGCACGAGGUUAGCAGUGAACGUACCCACUUGGCAAACUCACCCUUCCCUAUGGCCUCCGUACCAUGCAUCUUCCAAGUGAAUGGAGACUCUUCACCUCCAACCCGUCCAUUGUCCCAACUGGGGAAGGGGACAUUCCCACUAGUUUCCAUUCAUUCUUGCUUUUAUGGAAAAUAAAAGUGAAAAACCUCUAUCAACCAGCUACAGCAGCAUCUCCUGAGGACUUGCUUCUUCCACCUCUGGAGAAGAGAGGGAAGAGAAAGCACAGAACAGAGAUGUUCCUUGAACUGCCACAGUUUAUGUAUAACUUUGUUUCUCUUGCUUUGUAAUGACCAAAGGAUUGAGGCUGACAUAGGUGUAUUUCUUUUCCUUAACAUUGUUUGAUAAAGAACCAAUUCUUAAACAUGAGUUUAUGCCCUGGGCUCCUUUAGCCCAUAAUAGUGUAAUAAAGGUGCCCCGGGCUGGUUUGUGCUUA